CUACAAGAAAACCAAGAUGAAAUUGAAAAUAUGAUGAACUCUAUUUUUAAGGGUAUAUUUGUUCAUAGAUACCGUGAUGCUAUUGCUGAGAUUAGAGCUGUCUGUAUUGAAGAAAUUGGUGUCUGGAUGAAAAUGUACAGUGAUGCCUUCCUGAAUGAUAGUUAUUUAAAAUAUGUUGGUUGGACACUACAUGACAGACAAGGUGAAGUGAGGUUGAAGUGUUUGAAAGCUCUUCAGAGUCUGUAUACCAACAGAGAGUUAUUUCCAAAACUGGAGCUGUUCACUAAUAGAUUCAAGGAUCGCAUUGUAUCAAUGACGCUUGAUAAGGAAUAUGAUGUAGCUGUGGAAGCCAUUCGAUUAGUCACGCUAAUACUUCAUGGAAGCGAAGAAGCUUUGUCAAAUGAAGACUGUGAGAACGUUUAUCACUUGGUGUAUUCAGCACACCGGCCUGUUGCGGUAGCAGCUGGAGAAUUCCUGCACAAAAAACUGUUCAGCAGACAUGAUCCCCAAGCUGAAGAGGCUCUAGCAAAGAGGAGGGGGCGAAAUAGUCCAAAUGGAAACCUUAUUAGAAUGUUGGUUCUUUUCUUUCUUGAAAGUGAGUUGCAUGAACAUGCAGCGUAUUUGGUGGACAGUUUGUGGGAGAGCUCUCAAGAACUGUUGAAAGACUGGGAAUGUAUGACAGAAUUGCUCUUGGAGGAACCAGUCCAAGGAGAAGAAGCAAUGUCUGACCGGCAGGAGAGUGCUCUUAUUGAGUUGAUGGUGUGUACAAUCAGACAAGCUGCUGAAGCACAUCCUCCAGUAGGCAGAGGCACUGGCAAGAGAGUCUUGACAGCAAAAGAAAGAAAAACCCAGAUAGAUGACAGAAAUAAAUUGACUGAGCAUUUCAUUAUUGCACUUCCUAUGUUGCUAUCAAAGUAUUCCGCUGAUGCCGAGAAGGUUGCAAAUCUCCUGCAAAUCCCUCAGUAUUUUGAUCUGGAAAUCUAUAGCACGGGCAGAAUGGAAAAGCAUCUGGAUGCCUUACUGAAACAGAUAAAGUUUGUUGUGGAAAAGCAUGUGGAAUCAGAUGUUCUCGAAGCCUGCAGCAAAACCUACAGCAUACUCUGUAGUGAAGAGUAUACAAUCCAGAACAGAGUUGACAUAGCCCACAGCCAACUUAUUGAUGAAUUUGUGGAUCGAUUCAACCAUUCUGUAGAGGAUCUGCUGCAGGAGGGAGAAGAAGCCGAUGAUGAUGACAUAUACAAUGUGCUCUCCACAUUAAAGAGGUUGACCUCUUUUCACAAUGCGCAUGAUCUCACUAAAUGGGAUCUCUUCAGUAACUGCUACAGAUUACUAAGAACUGGAAUUGAACACGGAGCUAUGCCAGAACAGAUAGUUGUUCAGGCACUGCAGUGUUCCCAUUACUCUAUUCUCUGGCAGCUGGUGAAAAUCACUGAAGGCUCCCCUUCCAAAGAGGACUUGUUGGUAUUGAGGAAAACUGUGAAAUCCUUUCUGGCUGUCUGCCAGCAGUGUCUAUCAAAUGUCAACACUCCAGUCAAAGAACAGGCUUUCAUGCUGCUCUGUGAUCUCUUGAUGAUUUUUAGUCAUCAGCUGAUGACUGGAGGUCGAGAAGGUCUUCAGCCUUUGGUGUUUAAUCCAGAUUCAGGCCUUCAGUCAGAACUUCUCAGUUUUGUGAUGGACCAUGUCUUUAUUGACCAAGAUGAUGAAAACCAGAGCAUGGAGGGAGAUGAAGAAGAUGAAGCUAACAAAAUAGAAGCUUUACAUAAGAGAAGAAACCUUUUGGCUGCCUUUAGCAAGCUGAUAAUUUAUGACAUUGUGGACAUGCAUGCAGCAGCAGAUAUCUUCAAACACUAUAUGAAGUACUACAAUGACUAUGGAGAUAUCAUUAAGGAAACCCUGAGCAAAACCAGGCAAAUUGAUAAAAUCCAGUGUGCAAAGACACUCAUUCUCAGUUUGCAACAGCUGUUUAAUGAGCUUGUUCAGGAGCAAGGUCCCAAUUUGGACAGGACAUCUGCCCAUGUUAGUGGAAUUAAGGAACUGGCCCGUCGGUUUGCCCUCACUUUUGGCUUGGAUCAGAUCAAGACAAGAGAGGCUGUGGCCACACUACACAAAGAUGGCAUAGAGUUUGCCUUCAAAUAUCAGAAUCAAAAAGGACAAGACUAUCCACCUCCUAACCUUGCUUUCCUUGAAGUGCUUAGUGAAUUUUCUUCUAAACUCUUGCGACAGGACAAAAAGACUGUUCACUCCUACUUGGAGAAGUUUCUGACAGAACAGAUGAUGGAAAGAAGAGAAGAUGUAUGGCUUCCACUCAUCUCCUAUAGAAACUCACUAGUAACGGGUGGCGAAGACGACAGAAUGUCCGUUAACAGUGGAAGCAGCAGCAGCAAAGCCUCUUCAGUGAGGAAUAAGAAAGGACGACCACCACUCCACAAAAAGAGAGUAGAAGAUGAGAGUCUAGAAGGCUCGUGGCUGAACAGGAAUGAAAACAUCCAUACCCCAGGGACACUGCAAGCACCACAGCUCACCUCAACUGUCUUGAGAGAGAACACGAGACAAAUGGGAGAGCAGAUCCAGGAGCACGAGUCGGAGCAGGGAUCUGAACAAGAUUUUUUACACAAUCCCCAGAUGCAGAUAUCUUGGUUGGGCCAACAGAAGCUAGAAGAUUUAAAUCGAAAGGACAGGACAGGAAUGAACUACAUGAAAGGGAGAACUGGUGUAAGGCAUGCAGUACGAGGUCUAAUGGAAGAUGAUGCUGAGCCCAUCUUUGAAGAUGUAAUGAUGUCCUCACGAGGUCAGCUAGAGGAUAUGAAUGAAGAAUUUGAGGACACAAUGGUCAUUGAUCUGCCACCUUCAAGAAACCGGCGAGAACGGGCUGAACUGAGGCCAGACUUCUUUGACUCCGCAGCUAUCAUUGAGGAUGAUUCAGGAUUUGGGAUGCCUAUGUUCUGAAGUCUGGUGAAGACAUUUUACAAAUUUGGAACUCUAUUGUUUAGAGCUAGAGGCCUAUAUACUGUGAUAGCUUGUAUGAAAACCACAUUUUUGAUGUGAUACGGUUUGAUUUUUAACCAAAUGAUUAAGGUCAGUCCCUUUUUGUAGUGACAGAAAGAAGAGGAACUUCUUAAUGACACACAGGAAUGUUGGCCAAUCCAGUCACCUCAGAAGGGCUGACCUAAAAAAUCAUUUGUAUCCCUGUUCUUGACUGUCCUAAUACAGAUAAUUUUUUUUUUUCCCCCCCCUGGAUGAGGAGGAAGUUUUAAAUUGUUAAGACAGCUGUUGAAAUAAACACUGUUCUACAUAUGUUUUCUGAAAACAACAUUGAGUGAAAACAGAACUUUUUAACUUUAUUUUUCUGCUGUACAAUUUAAAACAGUUUUAACAUUUGCCUUUUUAUGUUUUAAAAGCUAGCCAUUUUUAUUAAACCUAUGCCUAUCAGCCAUUGACUAGCAAUGAUGCUAUAAGCAGGUCGUUCUGGCUACAGAAAAGUGUUUUUGAACACACUGGAUUUGAUUAACAUUAUGGUACGCUUAUAUCCUCUCAUAGGCAUUGAGAAGAACACUCUUAUAGAAGAGGUUAGAAUUCUAAUGACGUGCAUCUCUGCCAAAAAAUUUCAGAUUCUGAUAUGAUAAACCCAGAUUUUAUACUCUUGAGAAGAUUUAUUUUUAUUUAUAAUGGGACAUAAAGUAAGAGAUGUCCGUGAAGCCACUUUUCCAACAGAUGCUGUGUAACAUUCAUUUUAUAUAGCACAUGGGGACACAAAAACAGUAAAUUUUCUAUUGGUACUUGCUCUGUGCAUUUUUAGCAACUUAUACCAGCAAAUAAAGUAUUCUCAG